GGGUCCGCGUCGCAGUUCCGCAGCAGCGCGUGCUGGGAGUGACCGCGUUCAUUGUUAAUUUGGUUCUCUGCGUCUCACUGUUGGAAGUGGGGGAUUAUUUUGGGACGGCUCUUGACUUUGUGUAUUUCUGAGAAAGACCUAGAUACUCCUUCCCGGGAACGGGAGGACGGCCCGGUCCUAGUGCCCACUAGAUACCUGGGGCUGUGGGGCGGCCGGAGGUUGUGGCCCUAGCUAAGCGUGAACUCACUCCGUGAAGCCGCCCGCGGGGGCGCUGAUGGCCGAACGUAUCCUGGGAAAGACUUUAGCCACGGUGUCUCUCUCUGUGGCCUUGGCCUCUGUGACUGUCAAGUCCUCGGGCUGUUGCAGCCUUCCGGCGUGCAGAAACUCAUUUUUAUCCUGUGGGUUUCAUCUUUACUCCAACAUCAUGUCUAGUUCUAAUGGUGCCAAAGAGAAUUCCCACAACAAGGCUCGGACGUCUCCAUACCCAGGUUCAAAAGUCCAACGCAGCCAGGUCCCUAAUGAGAAAGUGGGGUGGUUUGUUGAGUGGCAAGACUAUAAUCCUGUGGAAUACACUGCUGUCUCUGUCUUGGCAGGACCCAGGUGGGCUGAUCCUCAGAUCAGUGAAAGUAACUUCUCUCCCAAGUUUAAUGAAAAGGAUGGGCAUGUUGAGAGAAAGAGCCAGAAUGGUCUAUAUGAGAUUGAAAAUGGAAGGCCCAGAAAUCCUGCAGGACGGACAGGGCUGAUUGGCCGGGGGCUUUUGGGGCGAUGGGGCCCAAAUCAUGCUGCAGAUCCCAUUAUAACCAGGUGGAAAAGGGAUAGAAGUGGAAAUAAAAUUACCCACCCUGUUUCUGGGAAAAACAUCUUACAGUUUGUGGCAAUAAAAAGGAAAGACUGUGGAGAAUGGGCAAUCCCAGGGGGGAUGGUGGAUCCAGGAGAGAAGAUUAGUGCUACACUGAAAAGAGAAUUUGGUGAGGAAGCUCUCAACUCCUUACAGAAAUCCAGUGCAGAAAAGAGAGAAUUAGAGGAACAGUUACACAAACUCUUCAGCCAGGAACAUCUCGUGAUAUAUAAAGGAUAUGUUGAUGAUCCUCGAAAUACUGAUAAUGCAUGGAUGGAGACAGAAGCUGUGAACUACCAUGAUGAAACAGGCGAGAUAAUGGAUAACCUUACCCUAGAAGCUGGAGAUGAUGCUGGAAAAGUGAAAUGGGUGGACAUCAGUGAUCAACUCCAGCUUUAUGCCAGUCACUCUCAAUUCAUCAAACUUGUGGCAGAGAAACGAGAUGCACACUGGAGUGAGGACUCUAACGCUGAGUGUGGCGGGUUGUAGCCACAUCUCUGUGUCAGCCACAGGCCAGCAGAGGAGCACAUGCUGAAAGGAAGGUGGCACAACAGCUCAUAGGAUAGAUAAGUGGCGGGGGGGGGGGGAGCAGAGGGCAGGGUCGGUCACUUGGAAAUUAUUUUAUUCACUUUCAAAAUGGUUUGCUUUUCAAAGGUUUUCAUCAGAAUAAAAUUAGUAAAAACGGUGAAAUGCAACAUAUAAUGUUCUGCUUUCCAGUCAAAAGAAACAUAAGCAACAUAUUUUGUAUGUAUUCUAUUUAAGCAUGGUUUAAACCAAAUCUAAACAGCUGAUGUUCUUUGAAGAAUCAUAAUCUGAAUAAAGAUAAGUUUAAGGUCAGCCAUAA